UGAAUCGCGCCAUUCCGGCGCUACCCGAACUCGCAGCUCCACCGGGACCAUCGCCCCCCAGCCCGCAGACCAGGAGCUGAGGAUGGAGGCCAGGGAGGACAAAUCCCCACAGCAGAACCUCGUGGAAGAGGCUGUUUUGAGCGGCUCCACAGCACAGGAAUCCAGUGGGGAGGAAGAGCCCCAGAGAUCCUGCACGAGGAGGGGCUGCAAACACACAUCACAGGGCUUUGAGGAGGAAAGACCCACCCUGGGCCUGGGCGGCAGCAGGAGCUUCAGCUGGAUCUCCAACCUGGUAGUCCAUCAGCAGCUUCACAGCAGGGAGCGGCCCUACAAGUGCUUGGAGUGUGGGAAGAGCUACAGCCACACUUCCAAUCUCUUCACCCACCAUUGUGUGCCCACUGGGGAGAGGCCAUACAAGUGCCUGGAAUGUGGGAAGAGCUUCAGGUGGAGCUCCAGCCUCAUCAAGCACCAGCGGCUGCACAGCGGGGAACAGCCCUGUGAGUGUGGGGAAUGUGGGAAGAGCUUCAGCCAGAGCUCACUGCUAGUCGAGCACCAGAGGCUCCACACCAUGGAGAGGACCUAUGCUUGCCCUGACUGUGGGAAGAGGUUUCAAAGCAGCUCCAAUCUCCUCAUGCAUCAGCGGACACACACAGGGGAGCGACCCUACAGCUGCCCUGACUGCGGGAAGGGCUUCAAUCAAAACUGCCACCUCAUCAGGCACCAGCACAUCCACACCGGGGAGAAGCCCUACACGUGUGAGGAAUGUGGGAUGAGCUUCAGACAGAGCUUCAACCUGACCUCCCACCGGAUGAUCCACACUGGGGUGAGGCCCUUCCGUUGCCCCGACUGCGGCAAGGGCUUCACCCACAACUCCAACCUCGCCAGGCACCGGCGCAUUCACACCGGGGAGAGGCCCUACGAGUGUGGGCAGUGCGGGAAGAGCUUCUCACAGAGCUCUAACUUGACCAGACACCAACAGAGCCACCAAUAAGGGAAGCUCUUCGAAUGCCCCAAUAGUGAGAAGAUCUUCCACUGCUCCAACUUCAUCCCCCACUGGAGGAUCCAUGUUGGAUGAUCCCCAGUGACCCACAUAGGGCAGAGACCUGGUGACCCACAUUCCAGAUGAUCCCCACUGGGUGGGGGGAAGCUGUUGGAGAGAUUUCUUUCACUCCUUAUUCACCUGCUCUGAUUUUGUUGGUAAUAAAUGCAGUCCCCAGGCUGAGUGUUUUUCCUGUGCUGGUGGUCGGGGCAGGAUCUCUCCCUGUCUCAAUGCCUGGGACUUUCCUCAGCCAGACAGAAAAGUCACUAAACAAAUUUCAGACAAGCAGAGCUUUUCUCACUGAUACCCGGCAGACCCACAGUGCCCAGCACUCCCCACCUGGACCCCACCUGGGAGCUGAAUUUAGGAAGGGGGGAGGUUUCAGCACCUGCCCACUGCUGGGGAUGGGGCGUCUGGGGGCAGCUGGGGUGUACUGGUGGCACUGGUGGUGCUUGGAGCUGCCCCAACCGUGGGU